AUGAGUGGCGGGCCCUCGGCGCACAAGAAGCUUGUGCGCAUGGUGGCCAGGGCGUUCUACGCGGGGCCCUGUCCACCCCGAGAAGCGGAAGAACAUGCCAUAUCCAGCGGGAAGUGGGAGAAGAUGGACACGACGGGCUUGGGGGUUGUUAUCUUGGACGCCUUGACCCAGAAGGCGUGGGUAGAGGAGAACACCCUGGCUGAGGAGCUACAGAUCGAUCGUCAGCUCCUUAGGAGGGCCCUGAAUCACUUCGAGUUGGAACACAUCGUCAGGAGAGAGCACAAGAAGGAGGGCAAGAGGGCACAGCACAGGGACGUGGUGGUGCUUGCCACAAAAGACAAACAGAAUGGUGAGGAGCAGCCAGCAGCAAAGGCCAAGUUGCAUUCCUACUGUGCUAUUGACUACCCCCAGUUCCUAGACCGGCUGAACCUCUGUCUGUACAACAUGAGGCAAAGGUUGAAGUCGGAAGACAAGGAUUCGGAUAUGCGUUACGCAUGCCCACAUUGUGGCAGGGAGUUCACCUCCAUUGAUGUGCCAGGGCUCAUGGCACUCCUGAAGGAAAUGGGAGAGCAUUUGGAAAGUGGGCAGUUGCUAUGCGACGAGUGCCUACUCCCUCUCCAGGAACUGUUCUAUGACGGCCAGACUGGAAACACUGAGGACAGAAAAAAGAGAAGGGAGGAACGUCGGGAGUUGUUACACAAAAUGGAGAAAGAGCUGAAGCCCAUAACCGAAAAGUUGGACGAAAUAAAUGGGCAACAGAUAACGCCCCCAGACUAUGGCAAACUGACUGACUGGGCUCAAAACAGGGCUGCUGAAGCAAAGCGAGCUCAAGCAGGUGGACAAGGUGGCGCUGGUGCUAACCAGGUUGAGAUUGAAGUAUUGGGGUCUCCGUUGAAGGGCACCAGGGCUCCACCACAGCCCAUGCAGCAGCAAGAGAAGAAGCAGCUGCCACCUUGGAUGCUGGCGAAGGGAUUGCAGACCUCCACCUUGGCUCAGCCCAGCACUGAGGCAGGCAGCAAGAUGGGUCUGCCUUAUGCUGCCACGGCACUGACAGACAGAGACGGGGCAUCGCUUGUGGCAGACGGAGAUGUGCAGUUCAAGCGCGUUCUUGAUGAGGUCAAAAGGAGAUACGCAUAUGACAAAGCUAUGAAGGCCUCUAAGAAACAGCAGGAGGCCGCUGGGAUCAAGCGAGAGGUGGUGGACGGACAAGAGACUGGAAGUCCCUCCAAAAGACUGAAAGUGGAUGACGAAGGGGACGGGGGGGUGGAGCAACAGGACCUGGAGGACGAGACAGUUUGGGAAGAUGUUAAACCUGUUGAGCAAGAUAACAGCGACAAAGACGACGACAUCGAAUGGGUUGAUGCUGGCGUUCCGUGA